AACCCAGAGGCCAGAGCUCCGCACAACCAAACCCUACUCCAGAAGCUUCCACUGCUCCGCUAAAACCCUAAACCCGCCCCCAUUUACGUCGUCGCCGCUCUUCCUCAUCUCACUGUCUCCCUCCUCCUAGGCACCAUCGGCGAAGACAACACCGGCUGUAGCAGAGAUGCUCGGCGCUUCGAGGCGAUCGAUGGUCUCCGCGGUGCAAUCCGCCGGAGUCCGUUGCCGCGCCGUGGUGCCCCUUCUCUCCGCCUCGUCUCCUUCGGCAACUGAAACUGAAUACCGUAUUCCAGAGGUUGCACCAUACAGGUUCCUUUCGACACUCUCUGCACCUAAAAGUAACGGAACCAAGUUUGGGAUGCACUUGAGCUCGAGGUACAGCAUGCUUGUUUGUAACCGUCUGGAAUCAACUGCAGCAGCAUCUGAUUCAUCUGAACCGCCAAGUGAGAAGUUUGAGUAUCAGGCUGAGGUUAGCCGCUUAAUGGACCUCAUAGUACACAGCCUAUACAGUAAUAAGGAAGUGUUCCUGCGAGAACUGAUCAGUAAUGCAAGUGAUGCCCUUGAUAAGUUACGUUUUCUAAGUGUCACGGAGCCUGAACUUUUGAAGGAUGCUGUUGAUCUAGACAUUCGUAUUCAAAGUGAUAAAGACAAUGGGAUUAUCACAAUCACUGAUUCUGGGAUUGGUAUGACUAGAGAAGAGCUUGUUGAUUGUCUUGGUACGAUAGCACAAAGUGGAACCGCCAAAUUUUUGAAGGCUUUGAAGGAUAGCAAAGAUGCUGGUGUCGAUAGCAAUUUAAUUGGUCAAUUUGGUGUGGGCUUUUAUUCAUCAUUCCUUGUGUCUGACAAGGUAACUGUUUCAACAAAAAGUCCGAAGUCUGACAAGCAGUAUGUAUGGGAGGGAGAAGCUAAUGCCAACUCUUACACAAUUAGGGAAGAAACUGACCCAGAGAAGUUACUUCCGAGAGGAACACGUUUGACAUUGUAUCUUAAGCGUGACGACAAAGGUUUUGCUCAUCCUGAACGGAUUCAGAACCUUGUGAAGAACUAUUCUCAGUUUGUUUCUUUCCCAAUCUACACAUGGCAAGAGAAGGGUAUUACAAAAGAGGUUGAGGUAGAUGAGGAUCCAAGUGAAUCCAAAAAAGAAGGUGAUGAAGAUCCAAAUGUAGAGAAGAAGAAGAAAACUAAGAAAGUUGUUGAAAGAUAUUGGGACUGGGAGCUCACUAAUGAAACCCAACCUAUAUGGCUACGAAAUCCUAAAGAUGUGACUACUGAAGAGUACAAUGCGUUUUACAGGAUGACCUUUGAUGAGUAUGUUGAUCCUCUAGCCUCGUCACACUUCACCACUGAGGGUGAGGUGGAAUUUCGGUCCAUCCUUUUUGUUCCAUCUUUCAAGAAGGAUGAAAUUAUGAACACAAAAACCAAGAAUAUUAGGUUAUAUGUUAAGCGUGUUUUCAUAUCUGAUGACUUUGACGGGGAACUGUUCCCGAAAUAUUUAAGCUUUGUGAAGGGUGUUGUUGAUUCAAAUGAUCUUCCUUUGAAUGUGUCACGUGAGAUCCUUCAAGAGAGUCGCAUUGUGCGAAUCAUGAAAAAAAGAUUAGUUCGAAAAACCUUUGAUAUGAUACUGGGCAUCUCUCAGAGUGAAAACAAAGAAGAUUAUGAGAAAUUCUGGGAAAAUUUUGGCAAGUACUUGAAGUUAGGUUGCAUUGAAGAUAAUUCAAAUCACAAACGCAUUGCUCCACUUCUGAGAUUCUUUUCUUCUCAUGCUGAGAAUGAGCUUAUUAGCUUGGAUGAGUAUGUUGAGAAUAUGAAGCCAGAACAGAAGAAUAUCUACUAUAUAGCGGCAGACAGUUUAACUAGCGCUAGGAAUACACCUUUCUUGGAGAGACUUGUCGAGAAGGAUUAUGAGGUUUUAUUUUUAGUUGAUCCUAUGGAUGAGAUAGCUAUUCAGAAUCUGAAAUCUUACAAGGAAAAGAAUUUUGUUGACAUCAGCAAAGAAGACCUGGAUCUAGGUGAGAAGGACGAGGAGAAGGAGAAGGAAAUCAAGCAGGAAUUUGGCCAUAUGUGUGAUUGGAUCAAGAAGAGGUUGGGUGAGAAGGUUGCUAAUGUCCAGAUAUCCAGUCGCCUUAGCACCUCCCCAUGCGUACUGGUGUCAGGUAAGUUUGGAUGGUCUGCCAACAUGGAAAGGUUGAUGAAGGCACAAACACUUGGAGACACCACUAGCUUGGAUUUUAUGAGAGGAAGGAGAGUAUUUGAAAUCAAUCCAGGGCAUUCCAUAAUUAAGGAUUUGAAUGUGGCAUGCAGGAGUAACCCUGAUGAUCCUGAGGCGCAGAGAGCCAUAGACUUGUUGUAUGACACAGCCUUAAUCUCAAGUGGUUUCACGCCGGAAAAUGCCUCGGACUUAAGUAGCAAGAUCUAUGAGAUGAUGGGUACUUCUCUCGCUGGCAAAUGGACAGCUACUUCUGCCAAUGUGCAACAUAAAGCAGCAAGCAGCUCUUCUUCACCUCAAAACUCAGAGCCACUGGAAGCUGAAAUUGUCCAACCACUCGAACCUGAAAGCCAGAAAUUCUCACAAUAACACACUCAGGAUCAAAGCCAAAGCAUAUCAAUAGUUCUUAUGCAAGACAGUUUCAGUUUUGUUCGAGUAUGUGUAAUAUGCUCUAAGUUGUGGGUUUCCUCUCCCGGCUACAAGCAAACAUUACAUUACAUUUGAUAUCGCUGUGUUGAAGUAAGACAUCUUCCUGGUAUUAUCACUUUGUGGGCAACCAUGAAGUGCUCAAAGUAAGACAUCAAAGCCCUAAAGUAAGAUGAGUGUUUUAACUUUUUUAUUAAUUGUUAAAAUAGUUAUUAACUUUGAUGGUUA